AUGGCGCCAAUGCGCGGCGAGCGGGGCGGGUCCCCGGCGCGAGGCGCGCGCGCUUCUCUGCCGCUGCCGCGCCGCCUCAUCCGGCAGAUCGCGCGCCACGUCGCCUCCAGCGGCCGCUCGCUCCGCCGCCUCGAAGUCUCCGGGAAGGUCAUCGACAACUUCGACGACAUCGGGGACGCCUCCGAUGAGUCGGAUUUGGAGACGCCACAGCCUGCAGUGGCGUGCGGUGGCAACGCUGGUAAUCUACCACCCGCUGAUCACGACGACGACCUGACCAGCCUCAGUUGGCUACAGGACCGAAAUUUACUCAGAGGAAUUAACCUCACAAAAAAUGACAUGGAAGAUACGAAGACAAUCACAAGUCAAGUUGUGAUGAAGGUAGCAUCGAAAACACCCCCGCCGGUGGCCCGGGUGCCGUCUCCCCCACGUACUCCUUGUAAAGCUCCCCCCUCCCCUCCAGCUUCUACUACUCUCACAAAACCCCCAUAUUCGUUUUCUUGCCUUAUCUUUAUGGCAAUAGAAGCUGCCCCCACUCGUGCUCUGCCCGUCAAGGAAAUAUACGCGUGGAUCAUCCGCCAUUUCCCCUACUUCAAGCACGCACCACAGGGUUGGAAGAACAGCGUUAGGCAUAAUCUUUCACUCAACAAAUGUUUCCAUAAGGUAGCUGCAGCACCUGGCCUAGGCAAAGGGUCUCUCUGGACGGUUGACCCACAGCAUCGUUCGACAUUACUACAAGCGUUCGGGCGGCAGCCAGUGCCGCCGGCGGAGAGCGAGCCCGAGGCGGCGGCGCUGGACGGCGGCAAGAACGCGCCCGACCCGCAGCUGUUCCCGUACCUGGCGCGCCGCCUGGCCGCCGACGCGCGCCCGCAGCCCGGCGCCGACGAGUACCUCGCCGCCGCCACCGUGCUCGCCAUGAAGUACGGGCCCGCCGUGCUCGACCAGCUGCCGCCUGCGGCGCACCUGGUGAUCUCGCGGUGCGCGCGCGACGAGCACUCGUACAGCGGCGGCGGCGAGGGCGAGGGCGGGGGUGAGGGUGAGGGCGAGGGCGGGUGCGAGGAGCGGCGCACGGCCGAGGCGCUGCUGAACCUGGCCGGCGUGCGCUGCGAGCCGCCGCCCGCGCCCAGCUAG